AUGGCGCUGCUUGAGACAUGCUUGCAUGGAGAAGCGAUUCCUCUUGCAUCGAGUGAAAAGCCAAAUCUUGUUCUGCUCCCCGCCGAGGCUUUGGUGCAGAUUUUGUCCCAUUUGAACCAACAUGAUAUUGUGAAUUUGGUCGCGUUGAAUCUGGAGUUUUACAAGUUGGGUCUUGGGAGAUUGUACCGGUUUAUCCAUGUGUAUAGUUUUCCCGCCACCAAGUCUGGAUACAAUAGACAUGCGUUUUUCGCUCGACUUUUUCCCCGAAAGUUGCCCUGUGAUAUAUACAAUGAACUGACCAAGAAUUGCACGUUUGUGUCUGAGAUUAGCUUUGACCGGCAUUUGGAACAGAUGCGCAAGGAUCAAGUUAUUGAAAAGAUUGAAUUUGAAAAAUGUUCAAAAGUUUGGAUUGAGCGGCUUCGAAGCCAGUUUGGCUCGCGAAUCAAGAGUGUUUCUGUCACGGGUCAGUUUCUGCAUGCGGAAGAGUGCGAGAAUUCGUUGAUGCUUGAAGGGUACAAGGCCAAGAGCAAUAUCAGGAAGCAUGGCAGUGCCAAUGGUAUUAUCAUGAAGGGGUACAUGAGUAAAGUGUUGGAUGUUUCCUAUGUUUCAGUUGCCAUGAUUCAGUUUAAUCGGGCGCACGAGUUUUCCUAUUUGAACCAGUUGUCUUCGUUGAAGGACUUGUCGCUUGGUCUCAAUGCCUUGAAUGUGCCCGAUGCCGAUUUGAGAGAGGUUGCCAAGUGCAGACUUAAGCUUUCGAAGUUGAGGUUGUACUUUAAGGACAAUGCCUAUGGGCGGGUGACGUUUGACAAUUUGGCGCCGCAGAGCACCACUUUUUUCGAAAUUUCCGAGUUGUUUGAGACUGGGGAGUUGGAGGUGCUUUGCAUCUCGUGUUUGGGCCCUCCAACUAGCGAAGGCUCGGCCAAGAUGAAGCAAGUGUUUGGCGUGCAAUUGUUUGAAGCGCAGUACCCCAAGCUAAAGUAUUUCUGUCUGGCUUCCAACACUUUGCUCGAUUACGAAGGGCUCAAUCUUGAGCGCUUGGUCAAGUUGGGCAUUUGCACAAAGACGUGCGAUACGGAGACGGCAUUUGAGAUUGCCAAGCUUGCGUUCAAGAACCCCCACCUUCUGCUUGCCUGGUGGGCCACCACUGCCAAUGUGCACAGUUUGACCUAUUUCAGAGAUGUAGAGUUGUACAGUCCCGAGUACCCCAGCUCGACAAUUGCCACGGUGUUGCCGUUGCUGCUUGCACAACGGAACUUUGUGUUUAAGGAUGAGAAGCUGAAGGCAAAGGUGAUUGAAUUUGUGCCGGUCCAUAGCCAGUUGCCGCUUUUCGCCAUGUGA